AUGUCCUUCACGGCACGAAUGUCGGCAAGUUUACCUGACGACUUGGCCAUGUCCACCACGCACAUCCCGGACACCAACUCAACGUUUGCCGUCGUGUAUGGAUGCAACGACGAGCAGAUGGGGGACAUCGAGAGAAGGAUACGGAAAGCAGAUGGACAAUUCCACCACCCAUUGCUCAUCCCAGGGAUAUUUGCGGAGUUGGAACGAACGCGGCUGGUAGAAAUGGCCGAAAAUCUCCUGGACGUUUUCGCCCUUCGAUCGGAAAGGUUGAAUUCUGCUUCCAAGGCAGACCCCUGGAGCCCGGAAUCCGACGCGGACGGCAAAAGGACACAGGAACAUCUGAACCUCUGCAUGGGAAGUCGAGACUUGGUCAGUCAUAUCUCGGCGGUGAAACGUCAAAUGGCCAAGCUGUUGAAAGAGAUGUCCGUUGUGGAGCGGGAGAUUGAAUCGCUCAGGGUUGACAACAUGCCUCGAGAACAUAUGAGAGAACCAGGACUAGUGGACACAGGGACCAAGAUGAGGACACGGGUCGAAGAUAUCUUGAUCGAGUACGACGACAAGAUUGACGACUGCAACAUGAUGAUCUGCAACAUGUCACUCGCCAUGCAGACUGUCUGGAAUCACAUUGCAAGACAGGAUUCGAAAACCAACACGAAGAUUUCGCAAGCCAACGCGGCGAUUGCGGUCCAGACGAAAGUGGAGAGCGCACAAAUGAGGACCAUAGCGCUCUUGACGAUGAUCUAUCUUCCUCUUUCCAGCGUUGCGAGUAUCUUCUCGAUGGACAUGUUUAACUGGGAGGCUAUUGAGGGACAAACCAUCGUAUCGAAGCACAUCUGGCUGUUUUUUGUCCUGGCUGUAGGGCUCACGCUGGUCACCGUCGCCGCCUGGUUCUUCGGGACGCGCCGCGAGAAGGCCAUGGCGGCCAAGUCGGACGAGUAUUUCAACUCGCCGCAAAGAAAGAACACUUUGGAGUAUGUUUAG